AUGGCACUCUUAAUUCAUGCAGCAUCCACACAAUGGAUUGCCAUCUUCAUUACAUGUGCCUUGUCCCUCAUCUCCAUAGCAGCUUACAGGCUGCUAUUCCACCCUCUGGCUGCACUGCCUGGCCCUAAACUCGCUGCCAUCUCACGUUGGUGGCAGAUUCGAAAGAUCAUUAUUGCGAAGCCAUACGAACUCGCAUUGCACGACAAAUAUGGCCCAGUCGUCAGGAUUGCUCCCAAUGAAGCAUACAACAUCUCCUUUCCGAUGAGAUUGAGCCCAACUGACUCGCAUACAGAGUCUAGUACACCUCUCGAUAAGGGCCCGUGGUACGACAUGGCACGGUACCAGCUGAUAAGGAGAAGCGGCGGACCAGCAUUUACGGCUAGCAAUUUGAAGAGAUACGAACCCAAAGUCGUCGAAGCCAUGCAAAGGGUCUGCGAGAGGCUUGAUAGGUUAAAAGGAGAAGAAGUUGAAACGAGCGAAUGGAUGCAUAUUACUGUUCUAGAUAAUAUUCUUGAACAGGGCCAUAAUUGGGGAGACCUCGAGCUUAACGUGGCUUUCUGGCGUCGGUCAACCGUGCUGGGUCAUUUACCCACUCUACGCGUCCUGCUCAACCUUUUCCCCAUGCUGAAGAAAUACGUAUUCUGGGUUCUUCGCCUUCCUACUAAGCAUUCGAAAGACGGGAUUGGACUUCCAGCCCACAUUGCGCCAUCUUUACUCGGCCAGCUUAUACACAGAAGCACCUCAAUUGAGAAUCCCAGUUUCGAAAACGGCCAAGAUCUCAUGGAACAGUUACUGGCAAUCCGCGCCAAAAAACCAAAGUUCGAAUUGGUUUACGCCAGAGGCAUGGCUGGAUCAUCUGUAGCUGCCGGACACGACACCACAGGCUCCAGUCUCGUAUCCAUUUUAUGCAGAAUAUGCACCAACCCUGACCUCCAAAGGCGUGUUGAGCAAGAGUGCAGAGGCGAACGAAUGCCGCUGGCAUAUGAAGACAGGCCCAGCACGAUUACCUCUGCCUGCGUAAGAGAGGCGAUGCGCUUGCAGCACGUUACUAAUAUCAGCUUGUCUAGAGUGGCGCCGCGAGAUGGUCUUCAUUUGCACGGCUAUUUCUUCCCUGAGGGGACAAUACUUGGUGUUAACCCGACCUCAUUUGCAAGAAACAAGGAUCUAUUCGGGCCAGACGCGGAUGAGUUCAAGCCCGAGAGGUGGCUAAGUGGCGACGAAGACAGUUUGAGAACAUUGGAAAGAUACAGCCUGCUGUUUGGUGGUCAAAGCCGGAGCUGUCCUGGACAAAAUCUUGCAAGGCUCAUUAUUGGGUUGGUGGUACCACGGCUGUUCAGAAACUUUGAUAUUGAGGUCAAAGUGCCCGAAGGAGGAUUUGACAAUUUCCCGCCUCAGUUCUGGACGAUGCUCAGUGGCUCUAAAAUUAUAUUUGUACCGAGACAGGACUCCCCAGUUGGUGGUUGA